AUGGCACCUGGGCGCAAGGCCGGAGCGAUAAAUAGUGGCGAUUCGGGUAAUCCUGCCGGCGGCCGGUGCCCGGCGAUGGCCGGCAUCCAUUCUCUUUAUUGCACCGUGCUUUAUUCCUCCUUGAUGCCUACGACGCUGGCGCCUAACAUAUUGGCUGCGUUACGAGAUACGAGCGUCGGGAAUCACCAUCUAUUCCACUGUAGCUUGCUUCGUUUCCAUGAGGACGGCGCGACACUGCCGACCGUUUUUAUAUCUUAA